AUGGGCCCUCGUCUUGGCACGGCUCUGACUGCCACGACUAUCAUCAAUAAUGUUGUGGCAGAUAUUCAGUCCGCUUCCCUCUCAUUCAUCUUAUCCAAACUGGCCUUUCCAGCGACAGCGGAGCACGAGCAGUUGAGGGGCGGCGCCCUUUUCAUCGGACCUACAACCGCGGCGGAGGAGAAGGCGGACGUCGUGGGCGCAUGCUCGAGUAGCACCGGCUCGAGCUCGCCUCGCUCCGCUAGGUCUUUUCCCCAGCGGGAUUCGCCACUCACGGCCACCAGUGGUGACCUUAAGGCCUCACCAUGGCGAGGGUUUCGGGCGCCUCCACACUGGCGUGGCUCCGGCAGCUCUUCUCCGACGCCCACCGCGCCCCCACACGCAGCUCCGUCUCCAAGAUGUUUCUCCGCAACCAGGUGGCCAUGGGGUGAGACGGGUAAGGAUUGGAUGCUUGAGGAAGGAGGGGUCGACCUUGCCUUGCUGCAGCUCGGGACGCACCACCAUGGACCGUCCUCCUUUCUGUCUUUCAAAGUUAACUACCCGUGGAGGUUUGAGGAAGAGCUCGCUGGGCAAAUUCGUUGGUGGGCUCAGUCGGCGAACGACAGAGACACUCUGGCAAGGUCGAGCCGGCGGCUAGGCUUAGCCAAAAGGAGGGCUCUGGAGGUCAUGGGCAGCAAGGGCAGUAACUGGCAACACGAAUGGGUUACCAUGUUGUAA